AAUAAGCUUUUUACCAAAAAGACUCCAGUCACCAGCACAACAAAUUCCCACUGUUUUUCACAUCUUGUUGAUUUUUUUUUUUUUUCAACGGGUGUCUUCAGAUUUAUCUACCUGGAAUCUUUUUUUUAAAUUGUUGCAUAAAGCCCAAUGAGGAAUUGCCCCUAGUCAUAGGCUCUAUGCUGUUAUUAGGGCCCAGUAGUUUUGUCUGGGCCCCGUGGCCACACCUGGAAUUGCUCCCCCUACAGUACAAAUGGAGAGCAGCGGCUGCAUCCCUCUCUGCUGGACCAAGGGGGGGUGCAUUUAUGCACAGCACCCCUUACCAAAAUAUGAUGGCCAGUUAGCCCUAGCAGGAGCAUCCGAGUCAGGCAUGGCAUCGUCUUCCUACUUGGAACCCAACAUCAACCACCCGUCUGCGGGUGGUUGCGGGGUUAAAUCCCGGUCUGGAAUGCCUGGUGUACCCAGCACCAGUGGCUCUGCUGGAGGUCUAGAGAGACCCCCGGGCUCCAUGGACCGCGUUCUUAAGAUCUUCCAUUACUUUGAGACAAACAGCGAACCAUGUACAUGGGCUAGCAAUAUCAGGCACGGAGAUGCUACAGACGUCAGGGGUGUAAUCCAGAAGAUAGCAGAGAUCCACAAACUGCGCUGUGUUGCCUCUUUAGGUCUCCGCCUGACCCACUUGCGCUCGGACGCUCUCCAUUGGUUACACCCUGAUUUAGGUGUGUCUCAUGUGAGGGAGAAAUAUGAAAAACAGCACCCGCAAGAAGAGUGGAGGUAUGAGUUGCGGAUACGGUACUUUCCUAAAGGUUAUCUCAGCCAUUUUUCUGAAGACAAACCUUCUCUCAACUACCUCUAUCACCAGGUAAAGAGUGAUUACAUGCAACACAUAGCUGACCAGGUGGAUCAAGAUGUUGCACUGAAACUGGGCUGUUUGGAAAUAAGGCGGUUCUUCAGAGAGAUGCCAGGCAACGCCCUGGAUAAGAAAUCAAACUACGAGCUACUAGAGAAAGAUGUUGGUUUGAGAAGGUUUUUCCCCAAAAGCCUCCUUGACUCCCUUAAGCCGAAGGCUCUUCGUAAGCAGAUCCAGCAGACCUUUAAGCAGUUUGCUAACCUCAAUGAUGAACAGAGCAUCCACAAGUUCUUUGAGAUACUUUCUCCCAUCUACCGCUUCGACAAGGAGUGCUUCAAAUGCGCUUUAGGGUCUAGCUGGGUAAUAUCAGUAGAGUUAGCUAUCGGACCAGAGGAAGGAAUCAGCUACCUCACAGAUAAGGGCUCAACGCCCACACACUUAGCUAACUUUAACCAGGUGCAGUCCAUCCAGUACUCUGCUUUGGACGAGAAGGACAGGAAAGGCAUGCUGCAGCUGAACGUGGCCGGAGCUCCUGAGCCCCUCACUGUCACUACAGCAUUGCUGACUACGGCAGAAAACAUGGCCGACUUGAUUGACGGUUACUGUCGGCUCGUCUCCUCAGUUACUCACUCCUUCAUCGUCAGGGUCCACAAAGAGGGAGACAGAGCUCUGCCAUCUAUACCAAAAGUUUCAAACCAUGAGAAGCGGAUGGAAAAGCGGAUGGACGGAGUACGAACUCGAGCAGUUUGCGUCUCAGGUCACAUUAGUGGCGAUGAAACCGACGACUAUGCUGAGAUCAUAGACGAGGAGGACACCUACACCAUGCCUUCGAAAUACUAUGGACUAGACCAAGCGCGGGACUAUGAGAUUCAGCGGGAUCGUAUCGAGUUGGGACGCUGCAUAGGCGAGGGUCAGUUCGGAGACGUCCACCAAGGAAUUUACAUCAGCCCGGAGAACCCAGCUCUGUCUGUGGCAGUGAAGACGUGCAAAAACUCAACAUCAGACAGUGUCAGGGAAAAAUUUCUCCAAGAAGCACUGACCAUGCGUCAGUUUGAUCAUCCUCACAUAGUGAAGCUGAUGGGAGUCAUCACUGAGAAUCCAGUCUGGAUCAUCAUGGAGCUCUGUACAUUUGGAGAACUUCGGUCGUUUCUUCAGGUGAGGAAAUACAGUCUGGAUCUGGCUACUCUCAUCUUGUACUCUUACCAGCUCAGCACAGCGUUGGCGUAUCUAGAGAGCAAACGAUUUGUACACAGAGACAUCGCAGCGCGGAACGUGCUGGUAUCAACGGUUGACUGUGUGAAGCUGGGAGACUUCGGGCUGUCGCGAUACAUGGAGGAUAGCUCUUAUUAUAAAGCAUCUAAAGGUAAAUUGCCUAUUAAAUGGAUGGCUCCAGAAUCCAUCAACUUCAGAAGAUUUACUACAGCCAGUGAUGUCUGGAUGUUUGGUGUCUGCAUGUGGGAGAUUCUGAUGUAUGGCAUCAAGCCUUUCCAGGGUGUGAAGAACAACGAUGUCAUAGGCAGGAUAGAGAAUGGCGAGCGACUGGCUAUGCCCCCUCAGUGUCCUCCUACUCUCUACAGCUUGAUGACAAAGUGUUGGUCGUACGAUCCCAGCAAGAGGCCACGCUUUAAUGAACUUAAAACACAGCUGAGCACAAUAUUAGAGGAAGAGAAGGUCCAGCAGAAGGAGAGAAACAGGAUGGAGAUGAGGAGACAGGUCACUGUUUCGUGGGAUUCUGGAGGGUCUGAUGAAGCACCACCAAAACCAAGUAGACCUGGCUAUCCCAGUCCUCGCUCAAGUGAAGGUUUUUACCCCAGUCCCCAGCAUCCUGGACACUAUCAGAUGGCAGGCUAUCCAGGCCCUCACACACUCCCCUCUGUGCCUAGCGCCUUGUACCCACCUCAGGCGGCAAUGCUGGACACCCACCACGCACACACACACCCCCGCCACCAUGUCCACACCCAUUCACACGCACAGCUCCUUCCCCAGCCUCACGGACAGGAUAUGGCGCUGUGGGGCUCUAUGAUGGAGGACAGGGCAGUAGACAUGCAGCAGUGUGUAGGCCAGCAGUGCCUGUUAAUGGAGGAACAGCUGAUCAUACAACAGCAGCAGAUGGAGGAGGAUCAGAGGUGGCUGGAGCAGGAGGAAAGGCUGCUGAAACCCGACACGAGAAGUUCAAGAGGUAGUCUGGACAGAGAAGACAGUGGACUCCAGCCACCGACAGGAAACCAGCACAUAUACCAGCCCGUUGGCAAACCAGAGCAUGUGGCCCCGCCAAAGAAACCCCCUCGACCUGGGGCCCAGUGCCAAGUAAGCAGCCUGGCCUGUCUAAAUACUGGAGACAGUUACAAUGAUGGAGUCAAGCCCUGGCGGCUGCAGCCUCAGGAGAUAAGCCCGCCUCCCACCGCCAAUCUGGAUCGGUCAAACGACAAAGUGUACGAGAACGUGACGGGAUUGGUCAAAGCUGUGAUCGAGAUGUCAAGCAAGAUCCAGCCGGCUCCACCCGAGGAGUACGUGCCCAUGGUCAAGGAUGUGGGUCUGGCACUGAGGACAUUAUUGGCCACAGUAGAUGAGACUCUACCUCAACUUCCAGCCAGUACACACAGAGAGAUCGAGAUGGCACAGAAGCUGCUGAACUCUGACUUGGCAGAACUGAUUGCAAAGAUGAAGUUAGCCCAACAAUAUGUGAUGACCAGCCUCCAGCAGGACUACAAGAAGCAGAUGUUGACGGCGGCUCAUGCUCUUGCUGUUGAUGCCAAGAACUUGCUGGAUGUUAUCGACCAAUCCCGGCUCAAGAUGAUGGCCCAGUCCCGCCCACACUAGCCCCAUGUCGUCCGAGCUGACCAACAGGAGAGGGUGGCAUCAUCGUGACUUCUAAAGACUCCUGGGUUCCAGACGUCAGUCCUGAUGUGUUGACGGAGGGGGCUGCUUUACAAAUCAACGGCGAGAGCAGUGGCUCUGAUAAUCUGAUAAUGGUCCGCGAUGAAUCGUUAGAAUUUUUUAAUCCCGCUAUAGCCGAGGUAAUUAGUUCAACUGGGAUUAAAAUCUCCACCACUGUGACUUUCUGUAUACGAGAACAGCGCAGAAACACUUCCUGAAUCAGGGACUUGGCAGCUUCGCUCUCUUCAGAGUGGAAUACAGUGACGAGAGGAGGAAGAAAGAAAUCUACUCGUGAUUUUUUUUUUUUUUUUUUUUUUAAGCUGUAAAUCUGGAUUUGGGAUGAGCCAGAUUCUGCAGGUUAGAGUUUUAAAUGGAUUCAAAACUUCCGACAGAAACGCUAUCAUGAAAGCUGGUGAGAUCGGGCGGAUUGCAACCCGAUCUGCAACAUAUCUGCAUGAAACUUCACUGUGGGAUCUUAGACGUCGGCCGCCCCCGUUUGCUGACGUUCCGAUUCCUGAAUGGGAGCUCCUUUCUCCAAUCAAAUAUCUCUACAUCGCCAUACACAUCACAUGUUUGUUAUGUUUUGUUUUUUUGGUGCCUGGGGUGGUACAGUAACAACAGUCUCGGUUUGGUCUUCUCCGACUCGUCAUGCCUCCUACCAUCUCUCUUUCUCUGUUUCCUCCAUCUCACCAUGUUUUAUUUAUAGACUCAAAUUGCAGAGGAGGAAACAGAGGCAGGAACGUAAAAAAGCAGAAUACGCCUCGAGGACAGUCUAGUAACACUCUACUGCCUGAGGAAAGAAAACACUCUCUUCCCCUCUUCUCUCUAUUUCACUCACUUUUCCUUUCCUUCACCCUUACUGCUCCCCUACUCCCACAGUCUUCCUCAGCUCCUCUCUGAGCCACUUUUAAAGACUCCAAAUGUGAAGAGUCCAGCUCUGUGCGGGUAAUCACCGCAGACAGAAACCUCCCCUACUCGCACUCAGUUCAGUCUGCUCUUUUUAUCGAUCAGCUCCAUGUUUUUUGUGUUGUUUUGAGGAAUCUUCGUCCUCUAUACUGAAAAAUGUUGAACUUUCAACCCCAGCAAUUGACUGCUGUGUAAAAAAAAAAAAAAAAGAAUUGGAAAAAAUGUGUUCAGCGUGAGUGGCAGGAUGCUUCCGAUUGGUUCACGAGGAAGAAGACAGUGACACGUCUCAGAGUGGUCGCUAAUUUUGUGAGGUUCGUGUCUCCUUUUCCUUUUUUUGUCUCCUCACAUAUAGUCCCAAUAUGAAUCGUACGUUCAUAAUAUAAGAUUACAUUAACUGUCCGAUCACCCACUAGUGACACUUAAAGUAUAUUUCCCGGGGACCUGAACAAACCUCAUAUCACAUUUAUGACUCCAAUUCUCUUGUCAGGUGUAACACUUUAAAAAUUCCCCCCCUCCCUGACUUAAUAAUAGUCCCCAUGGAACCAAACACAUGAAAUGUGGAGCCACAUGACUGGAACUUGUUUCUCAGACACAAAACACUGAACUGAAAAUCACAUUUGUCUUUGUUAAUACUGACCCCAUGUGGAGUGUCACAUACUGCUAUAUGAAAUAUACUGGUGACUGUACUGGUAUAGCAUGAUAUACUGGUAUAAAGAAGAGCAUAUUUGCACAGCACCAAAAUAACACAUCCUAAGUUGUUUCCUUUUUUGUUUCUUGUUUGUUUGUUUUUUAUUAUUAUUAUUAUUAUUUUUUAAACCCGUUUUAUCCAGAUGUGAUUUCCAUGUUUAGCCAGCAACGAAACUAUCAGAUCGAUCAAUCUGGGUGUUAUAGGGAUAAAAUAAAUGUAAAACGGAGGAGAAAAAGACCCCAAACGAAACAAUCUAUUUUAUUUCCUUGUUGUUGCGUAAAUCUGCUCAUGUUGGUAUAUUGUAAGCUAUACUGGUGUGUAUCACUGGUGAAUUGUACAGAACUCGUACUAGUAAACACUGGUAUUUAUUUUGUCUUCUGGGCUAAUUAAGCCAUCUUGUCAAAUAGGAGGAAACAAAAAAACAAUGGAAUAAAAAUAAUUAUGAAAUGAAA